GCCUAUAUAAUUCAGGAAAUUUUGAAAUUCCAACAUCAUUCUCUCACACUAAACUUUCGCUUUCUUCUACCAAAAAAAAACCUUCGCUUUCGCUAGUGCUUUCGUUAAUGCGCUUGUUCUCUCUUCGUCUCUCCCCUUCCAGCGUCGUCGUUUCCAGACACACAAAGCUCAUGGCUCAAUCAGUGAGUAGCAGCACUGGAAAAAAGUUCAUUAGAAUCGAUGUGAGUUCAGAUCCAGUAUGCCCGUAUUGUUUUGUGGGGAAGAAAAAUCUUGAUAAAGCAAUGGAUUUAUCAAAGGAUCAAUAUGAUUUCGAGGUUAGAUGGCAUCCAUUUUUCCUUAAUCCUGAUGCUCCAAAGGAUGGCAUGAUUAAGAAGGAUUUCUACAUGAGAAAGUAUGGACCUUCCUCUGAACAAAUAGAAGCUCGGACAGCUCAGGUAUUUCGAGGUCUUGGAUAUGACUAUGACACAUCUGGGCUCAUAGGGCCUACCUUGGAUGCCCACAGACUCUUGACAUUUGCAGGCCAUCAGGGCUAUGAAAAGCAACAUGCUGUCAUGGAGGAAUUGUGUAUGGGAUACUUCACAAAGGGCAGGUUCAUUGCUGAUCGGAAAUUUCUAGUAGAGGCUGCCAAAAAGGCUGGAGUAGAGGGAGCAGCAGAGUUCCUUGAAGACCCCAACAAUGGAGUCAAGGAGGUAUAUAAGGAACUGGAGAAAUAUUCAUCACACAUUUCAGGAGUUCCGCACUUUGUGAUUAAUGACAAACUCAAGCUAAGUGGUGCCCAACCACCUGAGGUAUUCCUGAGAUAUUUUCAAGAAGCCCCAAAUUGAGAAUCUAAGACUACAGUACCAAUAUUGAUGGCCACUCUUCUUGUGCACCCUGAAAAAAAUUAGGGGCUUGGCAUACCCUUUAUUUAUGAUCUCAGUAUGUCGUGUGUUCUGUGCAAUUUGGACGUUGUGUAACUUAUAAGAUGAAGCAGGUUGUUAUAAUAAUUUACAAAGAGUUCUGCUAUCCUUUAAUGAUUUAGUGGAAACCUUCAAAUCCAUGCCUUUAUCAAACUUCUGUUGUAAUUGCUGCCUUACCUAAACAAAUACAAACCUGCAUGGUUGGAAAUAUUUAAUGAUUAUUGUUCAA